AAUUACUAAAUGUUUUUUUAGAAUUUAAAUAGUCUUAUUAAAAUUAUAAGUCCUCAUAAUUAUCAUCAGUGUCCUCUAACCGUUGAAAAUGUUAAGCUACGUGGACAUCCAUUUAACGUACACGAUUCCCGCUGUUGGCGUGUUAACGCUAAUAACACUGCCGUUCAUCAAUCGCUGGGAAAUGUCUAAGAUUGCAUUCAUAAGCGCCGUAGCACUCGUCUUUACGACGCCGUGUUACAACUACAAUAUCGUCAACGGGGCCAGGUCGUAUUCGCCCGGACGAGUKUCGGCGUUCGUGGGCAACGUACCCGUCGAAGAGUACAUGUCAGUCGUCCUACACAUCGUGCUGACAUCGCUGUGGGCCGUGCUUUGUCUCCGGUGGAGGCUGCCGUUUUUGAAUUUCAACCACGACAAACGCACUUACCAGUUGAUCCGAUGGGUGCCGAUCCUAUUCCUCAGCGUGGCCACGGCCAUAGGUUACGGAAUGGCCAUACCGGGACGGAAAACGUUCUACUCGGGAAACAUUCUGUGUUGGACGUCCCCCGUGAUAAUGGCCAUGUGGUACGGCGCCGGAAAUUAUUUCGUGAAAAACAUAGGACUGUCGUCCGCGGCAAUCGCGAUUCCGACGUCGUAUCUGUUGUGGGUGAACCGGAUAGCGCUGAAGGAGGACGUGUGGCAUCURAAUAACGCGACAAGUUUGAACGUGACCGUGGCCAGGGGUUUGCCACUGGAAGAAGCGCUGUUUACGUUUAUAACGACCGCGAUGAUCGUGUUAGCGAGCACUUGUUACGACAAAGCGUACGGCAUGAUCGUCACGUUUUCGUUGAUUUACCAACAUCAGUUUAGUAUAAGUUGGAAAUUCAUUUAUCAAAUGUUUGAGGCGUUCGCGACAUCGGAAUAUUCAAUGCCGUCCAUUGUCACUGAAGAUUUAAAGAAGUGUAUCAAAGUAUUAGAUAAUUCAAAUAUAUUCGGCACUUCAAUUUAUUUGUUUCAUAUUGGAAUUCGGUUGGAUCUUAUUAUAGUUUAUGCGCUUGGUCGUAUUACGGAUAACGUGGUUGAUGAUACAUCGGCAUCAAACGCUGAAAAUUUAAAACUAAAAUUAAAUCUCUAUUACAAAUUCGUCAGAGAACAAUUUGCUGACAGAAAAYCAGAUUAUGAUGUUAAAUCAAGACCACAUGAAGUGGACGUCGAUUGGACUCAAUACGAAUCGGUACUGCCUGACGUCGAACUAGCUAGUUUUCGGGCAUUGGCUAGAAUCGCAUUUUUUUUGCCUCGUAAGCCAUUCGAAGAGGUACUUGCAGGCUUUGAGUUAGAUAUAGGUGGUACGUUAUAUCGGGAUGAAAAUGAUUUACUAAGAUUUUGCAAUAACGUUGCUGGAAGUUUUGGUGCGUUAUGUGUUUAUAUCAUCAUGUACAGAUACAACAUUGACAAAUACGAAUUUCUUGAAAAGGAUGAUUUUUUGAUUAAAAAGUCUUAUCAAAUARGAAACGGUUUACAAUUCGUAAAUAUUGCCAGGGAUCUCAUCAAUGACAGCGAGAAGUUGGGUCGUUGCUAUUUUCCUACUAAAUAUAUGGAUGACGAAGUCGAAGAAGUGAGGAUAUUGUGCAAAGAAAAGAAUCCUAGGUCACUGGGAAAUAAAAAGUUGCUAAGAUACGCUAACGCAAUGAUUAAGAUAGCCAACAAGCAUCAAUUUGAAGCUGUGGAUGGUAUUAAAUGUUUGCCGCGAGAAAUUAGAGGUUUAAUUCUAACAUCAAUUGAAAUUUAUCGAGGCCUUAUUUAUUCCAUACAAUCCAGCCCAUCAUUUCCAAACAAAGCAAAAUUAUCAAAAUUAGAUAAAUUUAUGAUAAUACUCAAAGGACUUUACAUAAAAAGCAUGCAGUACAUGGUAUAAGUUGAUUUUUAAAUAUGAAAUGCAUCAUAAUAAUUUAUUUUAGUUAUCUAUGGAGCUAUUAAUACAAGAAUAUUAUAGUUUCUCCAGCAUUAUAGAAACAUUUAACUCACUUAGUAAUUCUUAAUUAUGUAGAAUGAGU